AUGGAUGAAUUAAUUAUUAUUAUUAUUAUUGUUGUUUUAUGUGUUUCUGUUUUUGCUGGAUGGUUAGCUACUAUUGCUUUUUGCCCUGAUCAGGCAAUGGCAUGUUUAGGAAAUAGUAAUAAAAAAAAUCAAAAUCUUCAAAAAAAGGAUGAAACAAAUUCAGAUAUGAGGAAGAUGAUUGAUAAAAAAGAAAAUAGGCAUAAUGAAUUAAAUGGAAUGAAGGAAAAUUCUAUAAUUGAUGAAGAUAGUAACGAUAAGGAAAGAAAUAAUAGUAAUGAAAAUGAUCAAACCAGAUUGAUAAAAAAAGAAGAGUUGCUUAAGUAUACACAAAAACAUUCAAACAAAAAUAGUUCAUCAUUAGAAAAUGUGGAUGGUUGUGAUUCACAGAUGAUAAAACCACAUUUAAUAAUGAAACAUGAAAGUACAGAUGUCAUUGAGUAUGCCAUUGUUGAUUAUAAUUCUUUUGUUGCUGUAGCUAAUCAGCAAGAUAAUACCUCACCUAUUACAUCAAACAACUCAGGUGAUAUUAUAAUGGAGGAUGAUGAUGAUUUACUAGUAUCAUGUGCUUUAGAAGAUUCAAGAGAUAAUAUCACAGAAAAUAUUAAUUAUCCUUACAAAUUUCAAGAACAUCAUUUAUCAUUAUUAACUUAUGAUCCAACGAAGAGAAGAGAAUCACUUCCUAUUCCAAUUAAUCAUCAUCGUCUCUCUCCAACAAGGGAUGUCAUAAAGGCUGUCUAA